AAAUGGGGAGGAGUAGAUCGUUAGCGAAUAAGUGGAAGUACAUCAAUCCAUCUUACUAUUUGAAACGCCCCAAGCGUCUUGCUUUACUUUUCAUCGUUUUCGUAUUCGGUACUUUCUUCUUUUUGGAUCGACAAACUUUAGUCCGAGAUCACCAGGAAGAGAUCUCUAAGUUGAAUGAAGAAGUGAUACGGUUGCAAGAUCUGCUGGAGGAUUUGAAGAAUGAUCAAAGUGUAUCAGGUGAAAAGAUGAAUUUUAGUCACAGUGGUGGUGAUGUGGGGAAGAAAAUAGAUUACACAGAGGAUCCUGUUGAUGCUCAGCGAAGAGAAAAAGUGAAAGAUGCUAUGCGCCAUGCCUGGAGUUCAUAUGAAAAAUAUGCAUGGGGCCACGAUGAACUUCAGCCACAAACAAAGAAUGGUGUUGACAGUUUUGGUGGUCUUGGUGCAACAUUAAUCGAUUCUCUUGACACACUAUAUAUCAUGGGCUUGGAUGAGCAGUUUCAGAGAGCUAGAGAGUGGGUUGCAAACUCCCUGGAUUUCAACAAGAAUUAUGAUGCCAGUGUUUUUGAGACAACCAUAAGAGUUGUUGGUGGACUUCUUAGUGCGUAUGACCUCUCUGGUGAUAAGCUUUUCCUAGAAAAGGCUCAAGACAUUGCUGACAGACUGUUGCCUGCAUGGAAUACAUCCACUGGCAUCCCUUACAACAUUAUCAACUUGUCACAUGGGAAUCCACAUAAUCAUGGGUGGACUGGGGGUCAUAGUAUCCUGGCAGAUUCUGCCUCUGAGCAGCUUGAAUUUAUUGCUCUUUCACAAAGAACAGGAGACCCGAAGUAUCAACAAAAGGCGGAGAAUGUCAUCUUAGAAAUUAGUAAAACUUUCCCAGAUGAUGGGUUGCUUCCAAUACACAUUAAUCCAGAGGGAGAGGUGGUUGUAUACUCCACUAUAACGUUUGGGGCCAUGGGGGACAGCUUUUAUGAAUAUUUACUCAAGGUCUGGAUACAAGGAAACAGAACAGCUGCCGUGGACAGCUACAGAAAAAUGUGGGAGACAUCAAUGAAAGGUCUUUUAAGCUUGGUGCGGAGGACUUCUCCAUCAUCUUUUGCUUAUAUUAGUGAGAAGGUUGGAUAUUCUUUCGUAGACAAGAUGGAUGAACUUGCAUGCUUUGCUCCAGGAAUGUUAGCUUUAGGUUCGUCUGGUUAUGGUCCUGAUGAGUCUCAGAAGUUUUUAUCACUGGCAGAAGAGCUUGCUUGGACUUGCUAUAACUUCUACCAGUCAACACCUACAAAGUUGGCAGGAGAAAACUAUGUCUUUAAUAAUGGCCAGGAUAUGACUGUGGGCACAUCGUGGAACAUACUAAGGCCAGAAACGGUCGAAUCUCUGUUUUACCUCUGGCGUUUGACUGGAAACAAGACAUACCAAGAGUGGGGUUGGAACAUAUUCCAGGCAUUUGAAAAGAACUCGAGAAUAGAAUCUGGAUACGUUGGACUUAAAGAUGUUAACACUGGUGUGCAAGACAAUAUGAUGCAGAGCUUUUUUCUUGCAGAGACGCUUAAAUAUCUCUAUCUUCUUUACUCAUCCCCUUCAGUCAUUCCCCUAGAUAAAUGGGUUUUUAACACAGAGGCUCACCCCAUAAAAAUUGUGAGCCGGAAUGAUCGAGCAAUGAGUUCUGGAGCUGGAAAUUCAGUUGGACAGCAAAAAUCAUAUAAGCGGCCACUGACCAGGAGAGAAGGCCGAUUUGGUAACAAGUAGGUUCUCAUAGGU